AAUCCGUGACGCAGGUUCGCCUUCCAUCACUAGUCAAGCCCACUGACUGAAAACACCACCUAGAAACCAAGUAAGCCCUCGCGAUUUAUGGAAAUAUGUAGUUAGCUCGCACAGUUCAGCAUAUUUCGAAAACAGGGGCUUUAGUGGAGCUGCGCUGUUAACGUACAUGGAAAGUUAACAUGGGUGGCCGUGAUGAUGAAGAUAUGCCUUAUGUUGUGAACAAACAAAAACAAGAUGAAGAGCUAAAGAACAAGCUGAAUGACAGCAGUCACUGGUGCGACCAGGAGUCCACUGGCAACAAUGCCAAAUGGGUCAAAGAAGGCCAGAACCAGCUGCGGAAAGUAGCAGAGAACCAACAGGACCAGGACCAUAACUGCAAUAUCAGCCAGAAUGGGAACAAGGAUGACUUCCCUCACCAGAACAGCACUCAGGAAGAACAACAGGGAAACGAGGAGCAGACCAAGUCUCCCAAAAUAGUAAUGACCCCUGGUCUUAGUCAGGACGAGUCCAAGAACAUCCUCAAUGAGCCGCUACUUAUCGACACGCUGGAGUCGACAGAAGAGAAAGAUAAAGAGAGAGAAGAAGAUGAUAAAGACAAGGAAAAGACAUCAGAGGAAGAAGAAGAACAAACAUCAGGUGAUACCAGAGGAGAGGUGGUGGCAGAAGAACAGAGUAAUGUGGAGUCUCAGAGAGAGGGCAGUGUUGUCGGGAGAAAUGCCUGCCUCCUGUUCUCCAACAUGAAUGGUACACCAAAUGAUGAAGAGUCCAGCUGGCCUGCACUGUCUCAGGACAACCCAGCUGACAGCUCUCCAAAUGGCAACAGAGAGUCCUUUUGGGAUUCCAGUGCCUUUGAGACCGACACAGACCUGCCUUCAGGAUGGAUGAGGGUGCGAGAUACAUCAGGCACAUACUACUGGCACAUCCCCACAGGCACCACCCAGUGGGAGCCUCCUUCACCCCUGGGUAAAGUUGGUGACUCCAUGAUGUCCUCGACUAUGUCCCUGGAGACUACACCCUGUGAGGAGACUGAGGAAUCCUGGGCUCACCUUUCCAGCACAGAUGAAGGAGUUGGUGAAGGGGAACUGUGGAAUGAGGAGGGAGAGGUUGCAUCUGAUCAAAGUCUGAAGGAGUUUGAAGGGGCAACUCUACGCUAUGCAUCCAUCAACCUGAAUUACAAUUGCUCCCAGUCUGAGGAAGAAGAGAAGCUCGCUCCACUCUGCACAGAUUUAGAAACUAAGUGUUUUGCAGUGCGUUCUCUGGGCUGGGUAGAGAUGUCUGAGGAGGACAUGGUUCCCGGCAAGAGCAGUGUUGCUGUCAACAACUGCAUCAGGCAGCUCUCUUAUCACAAACACAACCUUCAUGACACUGCCGGUAUCUGGGGAGAGGGUAAGGACAUGCUGAUGGUCCUGAAGAACGACACUAUGAACUUGAUCGACCCACUGGGCCAGACUCUGCUUCAUGCUCAGCCCAUUGGCAGCAUCCGUGUUUGGGGUGUUGGCAGAGACAACGGCAGGGAAAGGGAUUUUGCUUAUGUGGCUCGAGACAACCUGACUCAAGUUCUGAAGUGUCAUGUUUUCCGCUGUGACUCACCUGCCAAGAACAUAGCCACCAGCUUACAUGAGAUGUGUUCAAAGAUAAUGAUGGAGAGAAAGGCGACCAAGCCAGGGGUGAGCGGGCUCAUCUCUGACCCGGGUAACCCUGUGGCCAUCCCCAUUGAAGAGUUUCCUGCUCCGAAAAAUGAACCCUUCCAGCGCUUCCAGGUUUAUUACCUUGGUUGUGAGGCUGUGGCUAAGCCAGUUGGUAUGGAUAUAAUCAAUGACACACUUGAGGCAGCAAUUAAUGGCAAAGAUAAAAAUGUCUGGACUCCUGUCUCAGUGAAUAUCGCACCAGCCACCCUCACAAUACUUUCAAAACAGAGUGAAGAGGUGCUGUCAGAGUGCAGGGUGCGUUUCCUGUCUUUCAUGGGUGUGGGAAGGGACGUCCACGCCUUUGCUUUCAUCAUGGCGGAGGGUCCCGGAGAUUACACCUGUCACAUGUUUUGGUGCGAACCCAACGCAGCGAGUCUGAGCGAGGCUGUACAGGCGGCCUGCAUGCUUCGUUACCAGAAAUGUUUGGAUGCACGUCCACCCAGCCUGUCCUCCUGCUUGCCCACUCCUCCUGCUGACUCUGUGGCUCGACGGGUCAAGAAGGGGGUGCAGAGUCUGCUGGGCAGCUUUAAGAGCUACAGGUCAGGCCCCCAAUCCCCUUGAGUUUGAGUGAAGAUGAUCCACAGUCCAUUACACACAAGGUCCAUCACCACAGCCCCUUCUCUGUGUCACUUCUCCCUCUCUCAUCCUUCUGCCACACUUUCGCCUUACGACCGUUUCACUUGUCUAGUCCCUAGUCUAGUGUGUGUGGAGUAGUUUGUGGGGGGGGAGGGGGUGGAAUAUGUGUGUGAAAAGAUAGCAUUUAUUUCUCUUUUUUUUUGGGCUGUUACUUUAUACAACAAUUUUAAACUUCCAUCUCUAAACAGGUGAAACCCUGGCAUCUAUCUCUCUUUUCUUUGCUGGGAUUCUUUCUGUGAGUCUUAACUAUUUUUGUGUUUUAACAGAAACAAUGCUAUGAAUGUCUGAUAUGGAUGUAAUAUAUAUUUACAUGCAGACGCUAGAAUUUGCUUGAAAAUGAGGUUGCUAGAUUCUCUCACAGAAAUGGUUUUGUUUCCUUUUUGUUCUCGGUGCAAUUAUCAUGUUUAACACUCCAGCUUUUCUACAAGAUCAUGUAACACAGUGGUUGUCAGUUGGCGUCAAGUAUCCUAAUGUUGACUUUCUAAAACAUCAUUGCACCUCUCUUUCCACCACCUUUUAGAUUGUAAAACCAGCGCUGUAUGGCGCCACAGUAGUGUGCCACAUAGUUCUAUGUCCCUGUCCCUCCCAAACAAUGUAUUUUAGUCUUCCAAAGAACUGUAUGGUCAUCUGUCACAUAGUGAGCAACCACUGAUUUGAGUGUAGUGUGUUCCUCAUACAUUCUGCAUGGACAUUUGCAAGUUCAGUGCUAGUGUGCAAUAAUCAGAUGUUCCUGUAUGGUGUGGUGAUACGACGGCUGCCUUUGUGAUUUAUUUGUUCACUUUAAUGAGAGAGUCUGGCUAGAUUGGGUGCGAGGCUAUUGGAACAACAGAGCCAUGUUUAAAAUCAUUAACUUGUGAUAGAAAUAAUAGUAAUAAAAAAAACAACAACUACAAACUCUGGGUUUCCACACAGCCGUUUACCACCAACUCCUGAAUAGUACUGUAGAAACUCACCACAAGCUGCAUGUUCGGAUAGCUUAGAGUUCUUGCUGCUUGCAGCAGUUUAGUGCUUAAGACCCAUCAGUGUAUCCUGUAAAUUCUUUCUCCGUGUUUCUGUAUGGUAAGAGGAGGCUGGAGUUGAUGUGUUGUUUGGUGUUUCAUAGGCAUGUCACUCUAGUUAGUGUCAGUGUUUCUCAUGAGCUAGCAGUAGAAAGUUAGACUUCCUGUCAGUUCCUUCAGACUGCAAAGAUGAGAGCAGGUUAAUGUUGUAUUUACAGUCUGUGUAUAUGGGGAAACCUAGAGACGAUUUCUAAUGUGGUUUUCAUUUGUAUUUUUUCCGUUGCCACAUUUUAACAUGUGUGGGCCCCGGCCACUCCAGUUAAUGUUAUUAUCGUUUCCACACAUGACAAUGUACGCCAUUAAGAUGAUAUUCACAUUAGUUGGUUAGAUUUACUUUGGAUAAAGAAAACACUAAUUAGCCAAGUUGUAUUUUAUCUUUGUGUCUGUCAGUGAUCAAUACUGUAUGUAGCACAAUAGUAAUAGUCAUCUUUAAUAUUAAAGAUGCAGUUUGUAA